CGACAUCUCACCUUGCGUUCUCCUUUUACCGAGGAUGCCAACAAAACUGUGAUCUUUCAAAUAUCAAAACCGCCAGAAUAGCCACAAAGGAGCUCCCUUUUCACCCAAAGCUUACAGCUUUCAUCGAAUUGUCCAUUCCUGAGUCCUUAUUUCUGUCCAAACCUCUAUUUAAUCCCCAUUUCUCUUCCCCUUCUCCGCCACAACCGUUCUCUCUUCAUCCCCACAUUUUCUUCAGCAUGGAGAUAACUUCUCUCUCAUUUCUCUUUGCUGUUCUUCUACCUUUGCUGUCUCCUUCACUUGCGUAUGGGGUAGGAGAAGGCUGGAGCGAUGCUCAUGCCACCUUCUAUGGAGGGAGUGAUGCAUCAGGCACAAUGGGCGGUGCUUGUGGUUAUGGGAAUCUCUACAGUCAGGGAUACGGAACUAACACCGCAGCUCUGAGCACUGCUCUCUUCAACAAUGGCCUCAGCUGUGGCUCUUGUUAUGAGAUUAGGUGCGUUAACGAGCACCAAUGGUGUCUUCCAAGCUCCAUUGUCGUCACUGCGACCAACUUCUGUCCGCCAAACAAUGCUCUUCCUAACGAUGCCGGAGGCUGGUGCAAUCCUCCGCUCCAGCAUUUCGAUCUCUCUCAGCCUGUUUUCCAACGUAUUGCUUUUUACAAGGCUGGAAUUGUGCCUGUUUCUUACAGAAGAGUUCCUUGUAGGAGAAGAGGAGGCAUUAGAUUCACCAUUAACGGGCACUCCUACUUCAACCUGGUCCUAAUCACCAACGUCGGCGGAGCCGGCGAUGUUCACGCGGUGUCCGUAAAGGGUUCAAGAACUGAUUGGCAGCCCAUGUCCAGAAACUGGGGACAGAACUGGCAGAGCAAUUCCUUUCUUGAUGGCCAAUCACUCUCCUUCAAAGUCACCACCAGCGAUGGGCGCACUGUAAUCUCUUCCAACGCUGCACCACCAAACUGGUCCUUUGGCCAGACUUUCUCUGGCGCUCAGUUCCAUUGAAGCUAGCUGCUCUUAUCUGACUGUUUCUCUAUAUGUUUUGCAAUUAGUGUGUUUUAUGUAGAUGGUAUUGUGAGAAGGGAAGGGGGGCUUGUUUUAAGAUGGCUCUUUGAAGUGUAGAUGGGAAUUGAAGUUGUGUGGGAGGAGGAGAGGGAGCAGAGGUGGACUGAUUUAUCUUCAGCACCCGCUAAUCUCUCCUUUGGAUUGUUGUGGUAUCUUUACUGUGGAUUUGUGGAAGCCUCGUGGGAGUUUUUUUAGUGAUUAUUGUAUCACUUUCAGCAACUUGCUGAGUAUGAUUAAGCCUGUAAUUGAAUUUUAAUUUAAGUACUGGAAUUCGGAUUCUGAUU